AUGCUAGCAGAAUUCUUUGCUACGUUUUUGUUAAUUUUGAUUGGAAACGGAAGCGUUGCGCAAUUUAAAUUUACUGGACCACCCAGACAAUCGCACCUAGCAGUGCAAAUAACUUGGGGUGUCGGUGUUUAUACGGCUCUCAUGGUAGCUGGACCAAUUUCAGGUGCUCAUCUAAAUCCAGCUGUUAGUAUCAGUUUGUGUACAUUGCAGAAACUGAAGGUAUUGCAGUGCAUCCUUUAUGUUAUCGGACAAAUUAUGGGAGCCUUCAUGGGUUCAGUUUUGGUAUUUAUUGUUUAUAGUAAUUUAUUCAGUCAGUAUGAUGGUGGAAUAAGACAGAUCAGCGGUGCGAAUGGAACAGCUGAUAUAUUUGUUACAUUUCCGUACAAUGAUGAACUGCCAAACUGGAACUGUUUAAUUGAUCAAGUAGUUACAACAGGUUUUCUGAUGAUAUUCAUUAUGGCACUAGGAAGCGAUUAUAACCAUUUGAUAUCGCAACCAGCUAAACCUUUUGCAUUUGUGCUAGUAAUCAUGGCAUUGGGAUCGGGAUUGGGAUUGAACUGUGGAAAUCCGAUGAAUCCUGCUAGAGAUUUCGGGCCUCGUUUGUUUUGCCUGUUUCUCUACGGUAGAGCUAUAUUUGAAACGCAUCGAUAUUAUUUUUGGGUUCCAAUUGUCGGUCCAAUUGUGGGAGCCAUAAUCGGUGUUUGGAUUUAUGAAGGUUAUAUACAACUGAUGAAAAAGUACGCAGAUUUAGGCAGCACAGUUCAUAUUGAAUCAGUCGAACAGCCAAUAGAUGAAAAACAACCUCAACACCAUCACAAGUUGAAAGCAUAA